AUGGUAAAAUCAAGACUUUUUAAAAAGAAAACAAAAGAAUCACUUGAAGACUAUGAUAAUAUGAGUAAAUUUAUUGACCCAACUAUAGACUACACUAAGGAAGAACUUUGCGAUAUUUCAACCCCUAAAAAGUAUGAUCCAAGUCCAGCAGAAAAUUUUCAUCUCCCCCCUCGGCACGUAUAUUCAUCCUUCAUAGACUUUACUGCUAAAAAAUUUUCUGAACACAUCGAAGACCCUUUAAAUCCUAAUGAAAUUGAAGAAGGUUGCAGAUUAGCAAGAGAAAUAGUCAAUGAAUUUGCAUCUAGUGCCCCUGAGUAUACAUUAACUCAAAAUGAUUUAACAAAAGAAAUAAAACAAGGCUUAAGUAUAAAUAGAGCUCUUAGCUGUAUCAAUAAUAGCAAAUUUCGAGACGAUUUUAUAGAUUUUUUAGGCGAAUAUCAAAUGAAACAUAUAAAUGACCGAGGUUUGAAAAACGGAAUUAAAGAGCCUAUUAAACGCAGCCACAAAGUAAAAAUAAUUAAAUACUAUGAAGACCACAAAACCACCAAAGAAAUAUGUAAAGAACUUCUUGGGAAAUACUCUGCAAGAGUUAUAGAUGAAUUUAUAGAAUUUUAUUUGAAGAAUGGCAACGAAGCUGUCAAUAUGGAAUUUAUACCUAAGCCUACAUAUAAGCUUAAUGAUGAGCAAGUCAGCUUUUUAAUAGAACUAGCUGAAGACCCAAAAAAUAUCGGCCUGACUUUGGAAGAACGCAAGCAUUUAUUAUGUGAGCAUUUUGGUAUCAAAGUAAAAAGUGACGAUGUAGGCGAAGUUUUUAAAAGAAAAUGGCUUCUCAAUGAAAAGGAUCAGGGCAGUGGUCCCAGAAGCUGAUAAUAUUCCCCAUAAAAAUGCUCGCUGUCGCGUAGCCCAGCAGUUGGUAUACUUCUUCAAAGCAGGAAAAGAAUUAA